CUGAUGCUGGGCACCGAGGUCGACCUGCAGCAGGUGGAGAACACCGUGUUCGCCAUCGAGACGGUGCUGAAAGCGUGGCUUCAAGAACAAGGCGGAGACAGAGAGCACCUCCACCUCCUGCUGCCGGGCCCCUCGGAUGAUCCUGUUCCCGUGUGCGUGAAGUGCGACAUGCAGGAGCGUCUGAUAAGCCCCGCCCUCGUCCCCCUGACGCCCAACCUGGGAGUGAAGACUGAGAACGUUCGGGACUUCCUGCCUCUGGCUAAGAGCUCGGCCAAUCACAGGCCAACGCCACAGAGGCUGAAAGCAAUCAAGCUCCUGCGCGCAGACGGAUUGUGCGAGAGCGUGUUGUACGGCCUGCCGCUGCUGAUCCGACCCACCACCUGCUGGCAGCUGGACUGGGAUGAAAUGGAGACCAACCACGGCUUGUUCCACGCCCUGUGCCACACACUCAGGAGUCGAGACGUGUUCCUGCUGCUGCAGGCGGAGCAGAAACCUACAGCUGGAGGCUCAGGUGUGCAUUCUCACUACGUCCUCCAGCCGUCCCCGUCUCUGUCCCUGCUCCUGAAGCCUGUUGUCUCCAGGGAGCUGCUGCUGCCCUGCUCUCUGCCCGUCCUCACCCAGGACCCUGCUCCUCACGCCGUUCAGACUGUACAGCGUUGUCUCUCUCAGCUGGACGAGGAGUUCGUGUUUAACCCUCUGUCCGUGACCAGUAACCUCUACCAACACCUGAGGAGCAAAGGUCUGCUCCCUCAGCCUCGCUACCCGUACAGGCUCCAGCCUCCAGCGACUGCCCACAGAGAACAAACUCCAGACGGCCCUAAAGCCACAGGCAGCAAGCGGCAGCUGCAGCACCAGGGUCGCCAACCGGGAACGAGCAGCAAGGUCAGGGCCACCGUGGCUCCUCUGCCCUCCACCUCCUCCUCCUCCUCGGGACCUCCUCCUGCCCGGGCCUCCUCCCGUCCAGCUCUGAACUUCCUCACCAGCAGCAGCAGCAGCAGCAGCAACAGUUGCGGCCGACCCUCUGCUCCCUCUCUGCAGGAGGAAGGCGGUGAAGAUAGCUUUGGGACGAUGCAGUAAGAGUAAAAAAAUCCUGAUUUUAAAGCGGAUUCCUCAGAGAAAAGCUUAGUCAGCACACACACAUAUAUAUAUAUAUACAUACACACACUGGGCCAACUGGUCUCCAUGGUAAAGCAUAACCUUAUAAAGCCCUUUAAAGACUCAGCAUUGAACUAAUUAGCACUUCAAUGCACGCAGCGACACGCUGCGAACACACACUUCUUUCGACACUUCUAUUCAUCUUCCGCAGCACGAGCGCUUGUUAACUGCCUCUAAAUUUAACAGGCGAGAGAAAGGAAAGUUUCAGCUCGCCGCCACCCCGCAGAUCGCUGAGGCAGCGAAACUCCCGAAUAUCGCACGGGCCUCAGAAAACAAUGAGCGAGAGGUGGAGGAAAAGAUGAAAAGGAAGGGAAGCGGCGGGACAAUGGAAGCCUCGAAAUGGAAGGAAGAAAUGGAAAGUGGGGAAGGAACAAAAAAGGUGGGCGGCGGCGGCGGCGGCGGCGGCGGCGGUGGUCGUGUGGGAGAUCAAACGGCGACGGGCGCAAUUCAGGCGCGAUAAAUCAGGGAGGGACGGGACGGACGGACGGACGCACGCCUUCUUCGUUUCGCCCCGAAGCCGAGGGUUUGAACACAGCUCCACUGUUUUAAUGAGACGGAGAAUGAAGCAGCAGACAGAGGGGCCUCUCUGCUCGACGUCGACCCCACGGAGAGGUCUCUCUCCGGGGGUCGAAAUGCAGCAUGGAGGGGGUGGACGGGGAGGAGGAGGAGGAGGGGUAAACCGAUUAAAUCCACAGCCUGAUGGUUCGUUUAAUUCAGAGCGAUAUGUCAUUUAUCCGAUGACUCGUAUUGGUCAAUAACAAAUUGGUCACUAUUAUUAAUUUAUUCUGCGUCAAUAUUCUUUGUCUCACGCACACACACUUACUCAUCCACAGGCCUAAUGAGCCUCCCGCCAUUCCACCCCCUUCUUGAACUUUAUAACAUCCAACGUGCAGCCAAUGGCGAAAGGCCCCAUUAUGCCCUGUGAUGUCACAGGGCUUCCGCAUUCAUAAAUUACAGCCACAACGGCGCUUUUGUCCCCGGAGAGAACUCCAAACUCACCCCGCUGACAUUUUACCCACUUCCCCGCCGCGCUCUCGCCGGCUCCUUCAAUUUCACGAAAUUUGUUCAGAUGGGACAACAGCGGGUCAGAGGGGGUGAAGCUGAAGCUCCUCCCCUCGACCCCGAGCGCCGUCGCACGUUAAACGCCGCGACUCGCGGGAGAUAAACGGGACGCUGUUUGUCGGAGAGAAAGCGCCUCGAUGGUUCGGGAGAUCUGUUGGGUUUGGACCCAAAGCAGCUGUUUCUUUCUUUUCUUUUUCUUUUCUGAGGAGGCUCUUUGUUCAUUGUUGUUGUUCUUUGUGACUUCACCGCGAGAGCAUCCGUGUCUCAAAGCGUCGACUCCCGAGUUUUGUCGACUGUUUUUUAAAAGUCGGAGCUGAAAGUUCUUAUCAGCCGCGUGACAGCGAUGGUGAUGAAGCGGUUCGCCUCGUGUGCGUGUUCCGCCUGUUUACUUCUACGGGCGUUCUGUCAACUGUGUGUUCGAGUGCAGCAAAAGAAAUAAAAAUAACAUUUGGUGGUGAGAUUGUGAUGAUGACCUUUCUUCCACUCUGCUGCAUAGGUAGGAAUAAGGACAUGUAACCCACCUUUAACCUUUCACCGCCCACCGGUCUGCCCGCAGAAGCAUCACGCCACCGAGUCACAGGCAGAUAGAAAAGGUUAAUGGAAAAAAAAAAUGAAAUAAAUGAAACUUCAUGCAUAUGAACAACAACUUUAUUAACCAGCAGGCAUUUAAAAACCGUGCACGUUGCAUCAGGUCUCAUUUUGCAGAUUUAAACACGAGCAGGAUCCUCUCACGUAGUUUCACUUUAACGAGCCGUUCUUUGAAUUUAUUCUUUUUUUUUUUUUUUCACGCCAGAAAUGUUUAUUCUUGUUAUUUUCUUUCCAUUCGUUUCCAUAAAAAACUUUCGUGGCCCCGCGUGUCUAAAAGCGCAGUAGUAUUUUUUAUUUUUUUUUCUGUCUCUUCUAUAUCUGAGCGACGAUAAUAUUAGAGCAGCGACUUCCUGCUUUAUUCUCAAUGUUCCAUUUCCUUUUUUGCAGCAAUCUGCAGAUCAGAAAGAAGAAAAAAAAAAAAAAAGUGUUAGUCUCUGUGUGUGUCUUCCCACCCCCACACACACACCACCACGCCCGACUAAUACAUCGUCUCUUUCCUGCGAUUGUCCCCCACCGGCCGCUUGACUGCCAGCGUCGCGCACGCGGAACGGCAGGAAUACACAAUUCGCACGCGCACGCACAACGCUCAUCUCUUUUACCAGCAGCGCUGAGUGAGAACAGAAAUAGGAAGUGCAUCUUUGCGAGGAGGAAGUGGAGAGGUGAAGUUAGGAGGUUGCAUGACCUGAACUAUAAUUCAGAGACAAAUCUGAAGGUCUCGACACCUACACACGUCAAAAAAAAACUCCAGAAAAAGAAAGAAACGCCGCUUUAGCGGAGUAGGGUGCGACCACACAAAAAAAUCAGAGAGUAUCUGUACGAAAGGUGAGCGGAGGUCUCGGCGUGUGAAUGACAGAGCUGUCACUUCCUUCAGGUGGCGCGAGGAGAAGCCGGCGCCAGACGCUCAAUGAAAUCCUCCCUCAGACGCGUGACUUCGCUGGUUUUGCCCACGCACGUCUAAAAAUAAAGAGGCCGGUGGUCGACGCGCUGGAACCUGAGAGGAAGCCGGACAGUUUCAGGUGUGUCUGAAGUCGGAGUGCGCGAAAUCCUUCGUCGGGCGUGCACGAGGGAAAAGGUCACGCAGUUUGUGCUGCUCGACAGAAUGAGGAAAUGCCGCUCAUUGUGUUUAUAUAUAUACACAGUAUAUAUAUACACAUAUAUAUUAUAUAUAGAUACAGAUAUAUAUAGUGGAAACAUUACACAUGUCAGCUGCACAUAUUGUCUCUUUGCAGAUAGCGGCUCUUACAAAGCAGAUUUUCUUUGAAGACGCAAACCCACUGUUCUGCACAGCAGCACCGAGCUUGGGAAGCUGCUCUUUAGAUAAAGGUUUCAGCUUUUACUCUGCAGAGGAGAAUUAAGUCUAAAUGCGUCUGGAAACAUUACGAGCUGCUACACUGCAACCGCUGCCUAUUAUUUGCUGAGGGUGUAAGUCUGUAUUUCACGCGCGUUCUGUUGCCAGUUUUAGGUUUUCAGAUUCAGGCUUGUCACUGUACCACGAACCUCCCACGCACAAACUUAACCCGUCCCCAAACGUUCUGCGCGCGCCUCUCAUCAUUUUCCUCUUGUCCAUUGUCUUCGUCCCUUAAAAUUCACCCGAACGCCGAACAAUGCGAAGAAACGAGCCGUUUCCCAGAACGUAAAGAUUAGAAUCGUUCCCUAGAAAAGGCACCUGUUUGUGUAAAAAAAAACCUAGUUUCAGUGCCUCUUGUCGUCGGGGCCUGAUCCCGAUUCUCUUUCUGUGAGCCUGACGUGACCUUAAAGUGAAAAAAAAGAGCCCGAGCGCCGGACCUGGACAGGAAGAAGACCGUCCAAACAAUGUCGAGGAUAGAGACGGAGAGGGGACAGGAAGGCUGUGAAUCACGCGAUAGUGGCCGAAAAGGUCGCGUGGACGCAGAAACGCAGACGCCUGCAGACAAAACCGAGUUGUUAGCAAACGCACGCCCACUGUAUCUGUGACCGAAACGUGUCAAACUAACCAGCGGCCUUUUAACGGACACCUGGUCAGAAAGUUUCCACGAACAGCUGCAAACGUUACAAGCUCAGUCCAAACGCUGAGAAAAAUCCCAGAAGUUGAUCUGAAACUGUGAAGUGAGGUCUCCGCUGAGCUUUCAGUAUGAGGCCGCCGGCUUUAAAACGCGUUUUUUUUUUUACGCGUUGCAGCACGGUGGCACGGCGGGAGGAACCUAAAACACAUGGGCCCCACCCUGACACACAGGCCCGUUGGCGCGUUUUCACACAUGCUCGUUAACGUGUAGCGACAUCACACAGCCACGCUCAUUUCUGCAGACGUGUUAAAAGGUCAAAGCAGAAAAAGCACGAAGGAGGAAGGAGGAGACGAGGCGACAGAAAACAAGAGACGAGCAUCAAGGCUGCUGCUUUAGAAAUAACAUGAGGGAAAUAUGAGCAUAAACAUCUGUUGGAUGUGAACCUGCUGCAGGUUCAGUAUAGGAAGUUGGUGCAACCCACCAAAAUAAUGGUCCCGGAUGUGACACCCUGUAAAGCUGCAGGAUGUUAUUUUAACACUUUUAGAGUUAAAGACAGAAAGUAUUAAGUGACACAUAACGAGCUUCAGAAGUGUAGGCGGGAGACAGAUCAUGGUUAA